AUGCAAGACGCAGUGCAAGAAGAUGAGAGUCUUGCAGCCACGUUCAAUGCUCACACAGAUGCUCGCCGACGACUGAGCGAGCGUUUCCGCAACCGUGGAUUCUGGCCCACCAGUAGUUCCAAGGGCAAGGGAAAGGGUUCCAAAGGCCGAGGUAAGUUUUCCGGAAAGGGGAAUUUCAACAAUCGAAAGAGCCUGCAGCAACGCAUCCUGGAAUCAAAUUGCCGGCAUUGCGGCCGCAAAGGUCAUUGGCGAGCCGAAUGCCCGGAGAGAAGUCGCAAUUCCAAUGCAGCCGCAGCCAAUCCAGCCCCGACCAUGACGUCCAUGACAAUGAGCAGUGAAACAACCGUUGAAGGCACUUUGCCUCUAGAGUUUGUGCACCUGCCUGAGAUCGUCGAGAGCACAGUUGAUGUACCCAGUCCGCAUGAAGCCUACGUGAGUGAGCCUGCAAGUACCUGUGUGUCAAGUGAGCAUUCGCCUGCAUCAACCAGUGAGCAAGCGAUGUUGCCGCCGCUCGCACAAGCCGAGCCAGUGUUGUAUGCGUCCACAGGUGCCUCUGGCAUCUUGGAUUCCGGAGCAACCAAAACCGUGAUGGGCAGUCAGACCUUGAAGGCAACUCUGGAUAUUGAAAAGCAAGUGUUACUCAGCCCGUUCCUUGGAGAGCCGAUCCGACUGAAUUUGAAUAACAGAGGCCUGUUUUUAGUUGAUGUCAAUGAGCUUUCCAUGGCCUCCAAUGGGAAAAUGCCUGCAGCUGAGACUUUUGUGCAUGAGACCGUGAACACGAAGCCAGUCCAAAGUGCAAAAGACUCCAGAGCCCAACAGGUCCUCCUGACGUGUCCCGACCUGAGUCUCCUCAACAUGUCGUUGACCGAGCGCCUGAGCCGUCUGGAACAGGAUCAAGGCGAAGCAGAUGCUAUGUCAGCUUUCAAGGAGAUGACACUGGAAGAAAUGGGACAUGUGCCAGUCACCUUUGGCAAAACUCAUAUGGGCAAGAGUUUCAUGGAGAUUUGGACCCUGGAGAAGAAAUGGCUGAUGUGGUUUAUCAAGACAUACCAGACGUCAACGAAGCCCGAACACAUGAAACUGGUGAUCUACACAGAGCGGAUGAUAGAGCAAGCAGAGCAAGAGAGUCAGAGCAGUCAUCACCAGAAGCCUGUGACACAGCCACGUCCCAAACCCAAGGCAAAGGACCAGGUCUUGACAUCAGUCGAGACGCCAGUGCCCGAGGUGAUCAACGAGGAACCCUGGAUGGAGUCAGACAUGAUCUAUGUGCCCCCAAGUGUUCAUCAAGAGGAAAUCAAUCAACUGCAAAGCAGGAUGGCAAACCUCGAGGGAGCACUGCACGAGAUCCUCUCCCACAUUCGUCAAGGGUGA